AUGAUUCCAGCACUCGUUGAUCCAGCAUUGCUACAUGAACAUGCCUUCUAUGACAGCGGUGAUAUCGACUUGGUGUUGAAUCCGCAAACUUUUACUGAUAGAAAUGGCUAUAAAUCAAUAAGCGAGUUUGGUCUAGGUUUCUUCAACUACGACAUGGAGCUCAGACAUGAAAUUUACGAUUAUACUAACGGUAAUCUGUUCAGAUCACACAUUUACGAUUAUUUCACGAUCUAUUUCAUUCUUUUUAUCAUACUAUGUGUCGGAUGGUUAUUAGCAUGUUUGUUAGAAUUGAACUCAAUGAGAAAGUUUCUCACGAAAAGUUGGCAUGGUAGAAGAAACUCUAAAUACGUUAGUAGUCACAGUAAUGAUGAUGUCGAAUAUCAUCAUAUUAAAGUAUAG